AUGAGGCAACACGUUCCAGAGAGUGCGUUGGAGUCUGAGGAAGAAUUGGAAGACCCACCAUCGGUUAACAAUCCAAAUCUUCAUAAUCACAACAAAUUUCGAGAUUAUCGGAUCAAAGAUUAUGGAGGUUACCGAAACAAAGAUGGUGAAGAUGGUCGCUUUUCGUCUGAAGAGACAAAGAAAGGGACGGGUUCGUACAUGACAAAAGAUGAAGCAGCUUAUGAUGGAUAUCAGCAAAGCAUCGGAGGAUCACCAAAAUCGUCGAAAUUCCAAGGUAAAGCUGGCAAUGAAGGUAGCAACCGGACUUUCAAUAGAGUGCAGACCCCAAACCAACCCCAGAAAGAGAAUCUGUAUGCCAAGCCCAUGAUUGAUAUUUGUUACCGAUGCUACAAACCAGGGCAUUGUUCCAACGUUUAUCCUGAGUGGAGAGAAGUUAAUUUAAUUGAAGAAGUCGGUGAUGCUAAAGAAAAAGACGAAGCAGUAGACGACGAUUACACAGGGAAUGAGUUUACAAUUGAGGAGGGAAUGGAAAGACUUAAUUUGGUAUUGCAGUGA